ACUGAAUUAAUAUUAACCGUAUUCGCACCUCAUUUUCUAGUCCGCCAACAAACGUAACUAGGGUUUGGGACUGCAAAGUAUUAUCGAUGGGCAUGGAGGUUGAUGAUCCGUUUGUUGGAUUCGUAGAUUACGCGAUAUCUGUAUUAUCCCCCCCAGAUGAAGAUGAAGAUGAAGAUGCGAAUAAACCGCCGUGGAGCUGGGCUUGGGGUCGGAUCAUCAAGACUUGUAGAGCUUAUUCAAGUGGAGUCACCCCGGCCAUCCUCCUCUCUGAACUCUCGCAGGCAUGGGCUGAGAAUCAAAGAGGUGGUGGGUAUUAUUAUUCACAGAAGAAGAAGAAGACGAAAAGACCAGAUCAGUUGCAGAAGAACAGAGUAAAGCUUCCCAACACAGUUACCAUUGAUACAAUCUAUGACAAGAAUUUCUUGUCUUUCACAACUCUUCUUCAGGUUGUCAUACUUGAUGUUUUUCUUCUUCCAGGGACAAAUUUUUACAUGCUUACCUUGGGAGAUUUUUGGAGCUCCAAUACCAUUGAUCUUUAUCUUCAUCGCAGGUUCUACGACUUGGCUGACCUUAAAAAUGGGAUCCUGAAGAAAGGAAGAGAGCUUUUGCUUACAGGAUGUUAUCUUCGCACAACCACUCGUGGAUCUGGUCGUCACCUACGACUUCUACCAACAGAAUAUUUACUCAUAAUCUUAGAUGAGGAUGAAGACGAUGAUGCAAUGCUGCUUGCAGCACAGUUCUGCUCUGAUUCUUUGGCUUCCGUUUCUGUUGAUGAAGGAGUCUCCUAUUCUUUAUAUGCUAGGAUUGAAUCCAUUGGAUCUUUAGAGAUUCAGGGUAGCCUGCAGAAGAAACAAAUUACUCUUGUAGAUAACGAUAAUUUCAGGAUUAAAUUUUUACUAUGGGGUGACCAGGUCGUGCUUGCCAAUUGUUUCAGUGUAGGAAGCUGGCUAGCUCUAGAUCAACCGUUUGUUUCAAGUUGUAUGGAAAGUGAAGAGAUAUGUCUUGAAUACGGGAGUGUCACUCAGCUGUAUAUAGUGCCUUUCAUUCGCCAUGAGGAACAGGUAUCUGUAGCAUCAACUCAAGGAUCAAAAAAGUUGACUACAGCUGCUGACUCAAGUCAAGGACCUAAAGUUUCCCAAGUCACUUUGCCAUGUGAUUCUCGCGGAGCCAUUGACUUCAGUAACUACCCUUUUAGACUGUUUGUGGCUGAUCUUCGAGACAAGAUGAGUAACAUAAGCAUCUACGGUGUGGUUACAGAUAUUAAGAAACCAAAUAUUCCAGAGUCAUCAUCCACCAGAUUCUCCUUGAGAGUUGAAGAUCCAACUGGAGGAAUUUGGGCCAACCUGCAUUUUGUCAAAUCUUGGUCAUUGGGGAAAAUAAGCAUCGGUCACACGGUAUACAUUGCUGGCUUGACAUGCGCUGCUAUCACCAAAUGCCAGAGCAUUGAAGUUUCAUGGGAUGAGAAAGAUGGUGGAUGUUUGUUUGUUAACCUGAGUUGCUUACCAGCCUUGCUAAAUUCUUCAUGCCUUCACAAGGCGUCUACACUUUCAGAUCUGUCCGCCAACACACAUGUGUGUCGAAUUUGGCUAGACCAGAUUGAACAUUGUGAUGUAAGUUUAAGGUAUUUUCACACAUCAUGUGGACAUAUUGCUACACAGAAUAGUGGGUUUGAAUGCAACUUCUGCGGUUGUGAUUGCAACGAUGACAUUGUUCCUGGUUUCCAUUUGAAAGUGACGAUUGCAGAUGAUACUGGGAAAGUGUUAGCAUGGUGCACAGGUCAUACGGCUGCUGAGCUGCUGCAAAUAUCUCCUGAUGAAUUUUUUAAUUUGCCUGAGGAAGAGCAAAUGAUGUAUCCGUCUUCUCUGGAGCAUGAGAGGUUCAUCGUUGCGCUUGUUAAUAGCAAACAGGGAACAGUGGUGGAAGAGGAUGAUGUAUCGAUUUGGGAAAUCACUCAGGCCUUGAAGUCUGACUAAAAUAUGAAUGUCUUUAUUUUUUUUACUUGUAUCUCAUGUAAAAGAAAAUUAUGAUAUAAUUGUUAGCAUCUCAUGUUGGUUUACCUGAAAGGUGAAUGUUUUCAUUAAUCUACUCACGAAAAAGCAGGUAUGUCAAUGGCAUGACUAUGUUUAAUAAAAAGUGAGAAUUCAUAAAGCCAA